AUGGAGAUGGUCCUCAUCUUCACCUUCUGCCUGAUUCUAGCUGGUACUGAUGAUGUAACUACAGUAACUGGAUACAGAGGACGAUCAGUUCAAAUUAAAUGUUCCUACACAUCUGGAUAUGAAAACUACAACAAGUAUCUCUGCAGAGGUAAAUGUUCCACCUGGGACCUUAAAGACGUUCCUGUUCAGUCUGGAUCUCCUGCUAAAGACUCCAGAUUCUCUCUGUAUGACAACACAACAGCCAAAGUCUUCACUGUCACCAUCACUGAUCUGAGACCAGAGGAUGGAGGAACUUACUGGUGUGGGAUAGAUCGGGCAGGGAAGGAUAUUUACACAGAGAUUCUACUGCUGGUUAAAACAGAUGUUCUUACCACGACUACUGUCUCACACACCACACACUCCCUGAGUACAUCAGUACAUGCUGAGAGCACACACUCAUCAUCAGGAUUUCCAACUCUUACAGUCGUCAUUAGUGUGUCUGUGAUUCUGGUGCUGGUUCUCAUUGCCCUUAUACUCACUGUCGUUCUACAGAGAAAAGACAAGACCCAAGCCUCCUCUCCUGGCCAACCUGCACAAAGUUCCUCAGCUCUCCAUAUGGUUCCAUGUCCUAUCUAUGAUUUUGAGGAGACUGAAGACAGCAGAUGUCUUUCUAACACACUUUACUCCACUGCUCUGCCUCCCUCAAUCCCGUCUGAGAUUUAUUCCAACACUGGAUUAAACACAGUUCCGCCUGAUUCACUAGCUGGUGUUGCUCCGCCAACAGUCGAGAAAUUUGAUGAAAGUUCAAUGUAUGCAGCAGUGAGUUUUGACACCAUGUCUAAUUGAUCAGAUCCAUGUGAAUAUGCUACUGUUAACAAAAAUAGAUAGAUAUCACUAGUUAGCCUACUUCAGAAUGCUAAUAAUUCUGAGCUAUUUUUAAUUUGCGUCUAACAUUACAUUAGAGUUUGUUGUGCUAUAGUGCUGAUUGGUC